UCUACUCCGAGCUCGGAGUAUAAACGACAGUCUGCCUUCGCUGGGGCAUACUGCGAUGGUACCGUAUGCAGGUAUGAGCGGAGUGUGCCGGAGCCCGAUCCUGAACGGCUGGUCCAAUAAGAAGCCGAGUCUUAAGAAGUUUCUUGCAGGGGGGUUCGCCAUGUUAUUAGUACUCGCAAGCUCGUCUAGAAGACAGUUCGUGGGCACGCAUCUUCGUAUGGAGGGCAUGACUGGGUGCAAGAACGCCUCAGUCCGCGGCCGGAGUUGGAGCCAGACUCUGCCGACAUCGGGGGCCCAUCUGAGCUGACCGUUUGAGGAAAUGCACAAUGCAGUGAAGAGAUACAAGGUAAGGACGCGAAAUCUAUGGAUAUAUACAAUAUAUGGCUGCUUGUUUACG